AUGUAUCUUGGAAAGGUCCUCACCCUCUUCUGUCUCAGCUCUGGGGCCGUUUCCUACAAGAUCCGCGCCUUUAAAGGCCGCAACUGCUCUGGCGAGGCCAAAGAAGUCAAUGUGUGGGAUAACACCUGUAGGAACACCAAUAUUUUCCCAACGAAGUCCUUUCGAGUCUUGGAGUAUGGAGCUCAUCGUCAGAGAGCAACAUUUUUCCUUCUAGGUGGUUGCGGUGCUGCCUCAUCGGCAUCUGCAGAUUGGUGGGCAGAUGGUGGGAGUGACAAGUUCAAGAAGAACGCGUGUCUUGACUUCUCUGGGUGGCAAAUGAAUGCAUAUGGCUCGGUUUCAUCAUAG